UUAAGCAUCUAGCUGGUCUUCCUACGAUGAGCAUAUGGAAUAGUAAUUUAGAAGACAAUCGACGUUCGGCAUUUAAUCUAGAGAUACCAAGCUUUAGUCUACAACCGUCGAAAUAUAUUUCGUUGCCGUAUGCGGAUAGUAGUACAGUUGAUGCGGAUGACAAUUCGAACGAAGAGGAGUCAUCGGACGAAGAUGUUGUUCACAACUGGAUGGCUUCGAUUGCACGUGGCACAAUGUUUGCUCUGAUAGAGAACAUUCUUUCUAUUCCUCAGUUGUCUUCUCAUGGUAUUCAUCAGCUGUCUACUGAUUUGGGAUAUCUCACAAAAGUAUUAUCGACGUUGGAUGUGUCUCCAAUUGACGCAUUGGGCAAGGUUUUUAAAUUAUUAGAUAUGGACGAAGAUGUUAUGAUGGAUCAUAUAUUAGCAGCCAACAAGAGACAAGAAGACGCAGAAUUCUCCGACGCCAGUGAUAGAGAUUUGUUAGUUAAAGUUGCAGCUCGUUCGGGCGAGGAUGCCGAGAUAGAAGAACAACAUGAUGCACAUUUGGUUCCCCUCGAUCUUGAACCUAAACCUUAUGCUCAAAAAUUAAUUGAUUGGUCUGGAUUGUAUUCGCCGCGGGGGCCGUUAAUAGCAGAUGUGACUGAUGACGAGAAGACAGAGUUGAGGAUGGUUCCAGUUUUCGCACAACAUAGCCUCUUUUUUUCUACGUCUUCCACUUUGAAUGAAAAUGUUGGGUCAGACGACACUGAAGCAAAGGGAAGUCGAAAGGGUUUGUUGAUAUCACGGCUGAAAAAGAUACGAGCUGAAAAAGUAGGAGCUGAAAAAGUAGGAGCUGAAAAAGUAGGAGCUGAAAAAGUAGGAGCUGAAAAAGUAGGAGCUGAAAAAGUAGCAGCUGAAAAAGUAGCAACUGAAAAUGUAACUGAAAAAGUAGGAGCUUCAGAAACUAUCGACACUUCAGUACCGACAAUGAGUGAUAGUGAUCAAGGGGAUGAUAAAGGUAGCAUGUAUGGGGAGAAGGAUUUGUUUGGGUCAGAAAGAGGAGAUUAUCCCGUACGUACGGGAAGUGCGAUGCAUGGAGAAGGGACUGUGCGUUGGGGAAGUGCUAUACAUGAAGGAAUGCUACGCGUGGAGUAA